AUGGAAAUCCCGCCCACACCGAAGCUCUUUCAGCCAUUACAGAUUGGCAAUGUCACACUCCGCCAUCGCAUCGUCAUGGCUCCCAUGGCUCGAUUCCGCGCGAACGACGACCACGUCCCCCUCCCAUUCGUGAAAGACUACUACGCGCAACGCGCCUCAGUCCCAGGCACUCUGCUCAUUACCGAAUCAACCGUGGCCUCGCCGGACGCUGUCGGUUUUCCCAACAUGCCAGGCAUAUGGUCUGAUGCGCAGGUAGCAGCGUGGCGAGAAAUCGUUGAUGCUGUGCACGCCAAGGGUAGCUUCAUCAUCUGUCAGCUCGUGCACCUUGGACGGACUGCUUCAGCAGAGGUCUUAGAGCAGAGAGGCCUUGAUGUCGUCGGACCUAGCGCCAUACCCAAGGAUUCCGCAUCUGCGAUGCCGCGAGAGCUUAGUGACUCGGACAUCCGCCGCAUCAUUGCUUCAUUUGUAGUUGCUGCCCGAAACGCCGUGGAGAAGGCUGGUUUCGACGGUGUCGAGAUCCACGGUGCAAACGGGUACUUGGUCGAUCAGUUUACGCAAGAUCUGUCCAAUCAGCGGAGCGAUACGUGGGGAGGCAGCAUUGAGAAUCGGUCGCGUUUUGCGCUUGAGACCGUAAGGGCUGUUGCCGAUGCAGUCGGGGAGAAGAGGGUUGGCAUGCGGCUUAGCCCAUGGAGCGUCUAUCAGAGCAUGAGGAUGGCCGAUCCGAUACCCCAGUUCACAUACCUUAUCAAGGCACUCGGAGAGCUAGGGCUGGCGUAUCUGCAUCUGAUUGAGCCUUGGGUCGUCGGCGAUUCCGAUGUUGAAAUCGAUGACAACAACAAAAUUGCGUCUCGCCAUCGGAAGGAAGACUCCAAUGUUCCUCUGGUAGAAGCAUGGAAUACCCCGCGACCCGUAUUACUCGCAGGGGGGUUCAGCACUACGACUGCGCAUAGUGCCGUGGAAAAGACGUAUGCGAACAGAAACGUAGCGAUUGUAUUUGGGCGUUAUUUCACGUCUAAUCCGGAUCUCGUGUUUAGGAUUAAGAAGGGCAUCGCAUUCGCGCCGUACGAAAGGGCGGGCUUUUAUGAUAUGGGGAAUCCAAAGGGCUAUGUGAGUUAUAGGUUUUCGGACGAAUUUCAGCGUGAGAUAGAUGGAGGGCAUGCAUAA